CAUAGCCAUGCUACGACAGCUCGUGACUGCUUUGACUUAUUACAGGUUGGGCGCUAUGCUCAUCAUGUUAGGCGGCUCCUUUCUCUGUGGUCCAUGUAUUGUAAUGCCGCCAGGGCAUAUAUUCUCUAUAUAUUGUGUUGGCAUCGCGACCACAGAGAAUGGAGUCUGGCCGCCCGCGAAGCACGUGCCAACAGAACGGUCCUUCUCAAACUUUAUGAUACUCUUGACUCCGCUCAUUCGCGAAUCGGAAAGUCCAAGUUGAAUGCACAUUCUCUGUCCACACCCCCUCUUACUUCAUACAAUUCAGUAUUCUACCUCAAUUGAUUCGCCUCUGAACAGCUUUCUGGAGAAUCGAUCUGCUGUACUCAAGAAGAAUUGCUGGGAGCGUAAUCUAUGGGACACGAUGCAACGUUCCACCUCAAAAAUGUCUGCCAAGAAACACCCUUUGAAGCUAUCCGUCUGCCCUUCUCCUCAUAUCUCGCUGCUACAGACCAGAGCCUUGCCGAUCUCUCAAAUCCACACGUGAUUCCUAUUGGUGGUCGCCUCUCUUCACCAGCCACAACUGCUGCACGCCAUGACCGGACGCAAGUCUCGCCCAGUCCGUAUAAAGAAUUCGCUACGUGUGCGCGAGGCAAGACACCGCCAAAGGUCGCUCACAGCCGGAAGUGUCGUGCAGUCGGAGAACAACGAUGAGGGGGAGUCGCUCGGGUUUCAAUCGGUGCGCUCGUCUCGUUGAUGGGUGUAGAAGAGAGGAAAUUGCCGAGCAUCGUCCUAGAAGUCAUUCGCCUCGCGCGUCGAGGCCUUGUUUGCCGAGCGUGAUCGUAUCCUGGAGCACAACAGCGGGAGCGCGCUCAGGAUCUCGCACAUUGACGCAACCCUGGACGAUCUACUUCUUCAAAUACAGCGGGAGAUCCUGGGCAGGAAACUGAGGCUGGAAUUGUUGCAGCGCUCGAACGAGGCUCAGAGGAUCAUAUUGGGUGAUGCCGAUCAGACCAGCGUGACCGAGAGGCACGAGAUCACGCAGUCUGUGGAGAAGAUCAAGGCUGCGGGACUGUACGGGAAAUGGUUGAAGGGCUGCUCGGUGUGAAUACGUACAGGAUAUGGCACGGCAUUGACGGGGACCUCAGGACACGACUAUUCAUUGGAUUCUUCUGUGACACGCUAUUUGAUAGGCGUGCCCUUACAGCGCCUUUUAGCACCUUUUAUGAAAGAGUUUGACUUGGCAGAUCGACCCGCUAUGAUCUCUUUCGAGACAGUCAAUACUGGAUGCUGAUAAUUUCCAAAUUGAGAUCGCAGGAGGUGUUUGUCCAUGUUUACCGUGCGAACAUUGGCUGCCAACAACAGAAUUUCUUGAUGGAUUUCACUGUCUCUUCGCAUGUCGGGCGCCGCGACCCGGGGAUCCACGGCGUCAUUGAAGACACGGGGAAGGAGACCUGACAUCGCACCCCCGAUGAUUAUCUUUAGCGACUGGGUAUGUCAGUACCCGGUGACCGAAACACACUCGUCACAAGAAGAUUCAUCGAUAUCCCAUUCGCGACUCUGGUGCUUCUUUGGUCUCAGAAUUCAUUUGCGGUCUGCAGCGGGCAUGCCCCUCAUUGGGCUUAUGCGCUAGUUCGCACAGUGGAGAUCCACAGCCACCAUUCGGAGACUAUAAAGCCAGGGUAAAAGUUAGUCGCCGACGUAAUCUCAACUCCGGAAGCGGCACCCAGCUCUAUUCUGGUCUCUAUGUCGAUCGAAGCUACUGUUUUCAAAGGAUCUGCGGAUGGUGCCAUUGUUGAGGCGAAAGUCCAGCGCGACCCCCCGAAGGGAACCCAGGUCCUCGUGAAGAUCACACACUCUGGCAUCUGUGGGACCGACGAGCACUUCAAAACAUGCGAUAUGGUCCUUGGCCAUGAGGGAGUCGGGAAGGUUAUAGAGAUCGGGGACUCGGUGACCAAAUUCAAGACUGGGGAUGUCGUUGGAUGGGGGUACAUUCAUAAGACGUGCGGAAAGUGCCAUCAAUGUCUCUUGGGCGACGACCAGUACUGCGAGGACAAAGAGAUGUAUGGCACACACCACUUCGACCAAGGCUCGUUCGGCUCGAAUGCUGUGUGGGACGAGUCAUUCCUGUUUCUUAUCCCCCCGGAAAUCGCGCCAGAACACGCUGCGCCGUUGAUGUGUGGCGGGGCCACCGUGUUCGAAGUCAUCGAAACAUACAACCUCCGCCCGACGGAGCGUGUUGGGGUCGUCGGCGUCGGCGGUCUCGGCCACAUGGCGAUCGAGUUCCUUUCCAAAAUGGGCGCCGCCGUUGUCGUCUUCUCCAGUACAGACAACAAGCGCGAAGAGGCGAUGCGACUGGGCGCGUCGGAAUUCCAUGCGACAAAAGGUCUCUCCAAGUUCGAGGGCGUCAAGCCCUUGGAUCAUCUGCUGAUCACGACAAGCUUUAUACCAGACUGGACUCCCUACAUCCGCAUCAUGCGACCCAGGGGUGGAAUCUUCCCCUUGACUGUGACCGACGGCAAUCUCGUCAUCCCUUCUACACCUGUAUUGACUUGGGGGAUCACGAUCCAAGGGACGGCCGUGGCCAGCCGCACUGUCCACGAAUCCAUGCUCGACUUUGCCGCCCGCAAUCAUAUCAAGCCGAUGGUUGAAUGCUUUCCGAUGACCAAGGCCGGUGUCGAGGAGGGAAUGGCACGUCUUCGAGAGGGGAAGAUGCGUUACCGCGGAGUCCUGGUUGCCCCGUCCGAGUAGAGAGAGGAUGGGCAUCUUAUGCACGUGUUCCAUGAUCAUGUAUUCCUCCAGCAUGUAAAACUAUGUAAACAGUCGAGCGCCAGAAAGACCGAACAAAGGUGACCAGCCGCCGUCUGGCCGCUUCGAACACUGCCAACAUGAUGUAUGGAUCUCGAAGAGCAUAGUCUGGGAGUUAUCAACGCCUUGGUUGAGUUCUGGAAGAAAAAUGCUCACGAAUACCCAGUCCCAGCACGCAUGGCUAGGGACUUUCUUCAUAUUCCCGGUGCAAGUGUUUCCGUCGAAAGAUUGUUCUCUCAGUCAAGACAUGUCUGCUGUGAGAUGCAAACUGACCUAAAAGCAGAGACUAUCAUGCAGGCAAUUUAGUGAAGAUGUGGAUCCGUGAUGGGUAUGUGAAGCCGUAGGUAGCUUGGGUGAAUUGCUACAUAGUACAUACCACAAUCUAAU